AUGGGAGACGCAAAUACAGCGGAUUUGAAGACACUCGAGAAUGGAUCCAACUCAUCGUCGAUUGAUAAUGUUGAGAGAAAAAUGCUUCUGCUGAAAGUUGCGGAGAGCGAAAAGUCCCAUUUUGAUGACGUCAUCACUGGAGCCGAAUCAGACAUGGGAUGUGAAAAUGCGUGGCAGGAAACUGAGAAUAGUGUGACACAAUCGUUGGAUGAUCUUCAUACGAAGAGAAGUAUUCCGGAGGAAUGGGUUGAUGAGCAUCCAAUGGUCCAAAAUGCAUCAGUUCUCCAGAUGGAGCAACAAAUGGCUCCAUCAGCUCCACACAGCUACUAUGAGUUGAUGGAUUUGAAUCGGGAGCCAGUGGACAGUACUGUUCGUAUGGCUCGUGUUCCUUCUCAGUAUCAAUUGGAUGCUCUUUCCGAAAUGUUCAUAUUCGAUGUUCCACAACAUUUUACAAUGAAAAAGCCAAGCACAACACAUUGUCAACCAAAUCCAACGAACAUCAUCUCAGCUGACCAGGAUGUUACUCCAGCCGACUGGUCAACUCCUUAUUUUGUAAACUCUGAAUAUGUGUCCGAAUUGCUCAUGUAG